GAUAAUAAAAACUGCUUAGAACAUUCCACCAGGCAGAAAGUAAUAUGGAUCAUCAGGGAUCUGCCAAAGAAAGAAACUUUGAUAUUCCUUAUAAGACAUCUAACCAAGCUGAUGGAGAAGGAGGCCCUCUAUCGUGGAUCCAAAUCGGACUUGGUUGGUAUCUGGGCAAAGCUUUUGAUACCGGAGCAGUUCGUAGAGUCGGAGGAGCAUUCAAAGAAUUGUUUGAAGAUUCUGUUGGAGGUUCUCGACGAAUCAAAAAGUGACGUCAGCAUGAAGCCUAAAGGUAUACCAGAUGGCUUGUUAGACGCUUUGAAGAACCAUCCUAAUAUGAGGGACAGGGUUAGCAAAUAUGAUAACGUACCAGACGAGUCUGAUUUCAAUAAGGAAGAGACAAUUUUAGAAGAAAAGACUGAUGAAUACGAAAAUACCAAACUAUGAAUUGAAUUAUUUAUAUUCGGACUUGAUCGUUAUUACCGUUUAUAUUUAGUGAAAGAAAUUACAGAACACUUCAAAGAAGUAAUAUUCGUGACGGAUUUUCUAUGACCAAUAAAAUGUUUGAGACUUUCAGAGAAGAGAAGUGGAAGAAUAACGUUUCGGAAUGAAAAGAAGGAAAAUAUUCUGGAAUAAAAUGGAGAGUGUUCUUUGAAGUGUGGUUGAUUGUGAAUGUAUAUGAAAAAAUAGUUAAUUCCUUUAAUAUAUCCUUCAGGUAAUUCCAGUUAUAUUCUCAAAAUGUUUCUUGAUGAUUUCAUAUUUUAUAGAGUUUUAUAGAAUUUAACAAGACAGUAUUAGCUUUAGCUCUGUAUAAUAAUUGAAAAUAUUUGAAAUUUUCUGUGAUAAGGUGAGAAAUCAUUCCAAAACGAAUAUCUAUUCGAGUUUUUGACAUUUAUAGUGAUACUCGUGAUAUCCGCGAUUGUUGAAUUUGACCACUAACGAAAUUAUUUUCGUAGUAAUGUUUUGAAAAAUUUUGAGAAUGGUAUAGUUAUAUAUUUGAAGUAGGCUUUUUAUUUUGACAGUGCCUCCAACAAUUGUUUUUUGUGAGUAUAAAUCUACGAGCACAAGACAAGUACCGUACAUUUGAGAAUUUGUCAAAUGAAACCAUCCGCGAUGAACCCCACAUUUAAUAAAUAGUUGAAAAGCCUUAGAGAUGAAGACUUAAUUUCAGUGUGCAACAUACAGGGUGUUCAGGAACUCUUCAAAUAUUAUUUUCUUGAUAUGCCAAAAACGAUUAUUCGUGGUGGUAGUUCAGUUGUUUUUCAGUGCAAGUUUCUAGUUUUUUGGAGAGAUUGUGUAACACUCUGUAUGGAAAUAAACGUGAAAGACUGAAAAUUAGGUACUUUUCCAAUGACAAUAGUAAUAUUUCCCAUACGAAAUAGUCUAAUCAUAGUGUUCUAUUGACUUUGAUAUAGAGGUAAAUACAUUUAAUUGAGAUUUAACCUGAUGACGAUAAGUCAAUAAGGCUGAAUUUGUUGAAGGCGACAAUAAUAUAUUAAAACAAGUUUAGAUGACAGGCGUUUUGAUUAUCAAAAAAUGUUCUA